CUCCUCCCUCACUGCCGCCGCUGCUCUCCCACUCCCCUACUCUCCCUCUCCUCUCUGCCUCUCUGCUGCCCAGCCCAGCUCGUCUUCUCGAACAGCGCGAGCGCGCAGACGGGCGGGGAGCAGCGUGUCCGUCCGUUCGUCCUUGCACUGUCUGCAGCUGCCCGCCCCAUCUGGCCAGGCCAUCUUCAAAUCCGCGGCCGCGCCACCCGCUGAGCUGCUGCCCCGGUCCUUGCAUUGCUCGAGUCGAGGCACCCCAGCGCUGGUCGCCUCCUUGCCUUCCGCCGUGUUCGUGGGCGAGGCUGCUAGUUCUCAUUUACUUCCGCUCCUGUUCUGCCUCUGGUGGGGUUUUCUUUUAUGGCCCGGAGCAGCGUUUAACUGCUUCCGCCAUUGAUCCGGCGACCUCGGCUCUGGGUUUGCUCUGGUGUGUGUGUGGAACUGGAAGCCCUUCUCAGCGCUCAAAAUCCCGCAUUUGAUCGAGGUUUUGCCCGUCUUUUCUCGCUUUCUUGCCUUCACCGGUAGCGAUUUCUGGUGUUGGGGGUGGGGUGCCACCAACAGGUUGUUGCCGCACCAAGGGUGUCCUGCUCUUGGGUUCGUUCCGGAAUCCUGCGUUCUCUGCGGCGAGCCGGCGACCGCUUUCCCUUUCCCAUCCUCCCCCCGUGAUCUCUAACGAACCGCUUCCCUUUGCGCCUUGCUUUCUUCUCUGCGCUGCCUUUGGAGCGUUUGCCGAACAGUAGUUCUUUGGGAGUUCACUGGUUCGUUAGCCGGCCCAUUGUUCGUGGACAAACAAGGGCCGGCCAGUUCGGUCUAUUUCAUUUCACAAAAGGGGGUAAAAAAUAGGUGGCGGAAUCCUGUUCUUUCCUGAUUCCUUUUGGAGAUACCGUUCGAGAGGAACUAAAAAAGCGACCAGGCUUGGAGGUUCUGAGGAGGGAGGAACAUAUCCCUUGCUGCUGCAUGAGGAAGCAUUGAGACAAUGAGAGAUGACAAUUCAAGCAAGAACAAGCUGUCCUGGUCCAAGACCCUUGUUAGGAAGUGGUUCAACAUCAAAACAAAGGCCAAGGACUUCCAUUCGGAUUAUGCAGCGGACGAAGUCGGAGUGCAGUGGAGGACCAGCUUCUCAGAUAGAGAUGCAUGCAAAUCCAAGAAAAGUAGGACAGAGAGGUUGCCGAAGAGGAAUGUGGAGCGAGAUGGUAGAUUAGGAAACGGAUUUGAUGGUGCUUAUAUCACAAACACACAGGACUACAGGGUCUUCGUUGGUACAUGGAAUGUGGGCGGAAGGUCACCAUCUAGUCAUUUGAAUCUGGAAGACUGGCUUCAUACUUCUCCUGCUGCUGAUAUAUAUGUGAUAGGGUUUCAGGAAAUUGUUCCCUUGAAUGCUGGUAAUGUUCUAUUGACUGAAGACAAUGGUCCAGCGAAGAAAUGGGUUUCUCUUGUUAGAAAAACUCUAAAUAAUCUUGAUCAACAAGGCUCUGGUGUCUAUAAUUACCACACCCCCUCACCAGCUCCAGAUCCAAUUGUUGAGCUCAAUGUUGACUUUGAGCGGUCAUCAAGAAGGCAAAGGAACUCGUCAUUUUUCCAUCGACGUUCAUUCCAAUCCUUCAAUCGUAGUUCAAGGAUUGACAUGAUGGAUCCACACUCGUUAGUGGACCGUCGUUUCAGUGUUUGUGACCGGAUUAGCUUCGGGAGCAGGCCAAGUGACGUUGACACAAGUAUGAGGUGUGGUGGGUCAUCUGAUGAUGAGAAUAUUGACGAGGAAUCACCUAGUGGUAUAUUCUUCCCACCAAUGCCAUGUGCAUAUGGUGCUCCACUAUGCACUGAUUCUAGGUAUUGCUUAGUUGCCAGCAAGCAAAUGGUUGGAAUUUUCCUCAUGGUGUGGGUACGAAGUGAUAUAAGGGAGCAUGUGAAAAACUUGAAGGUUUCAUGUGUUGGUAGAGGUCUGAUGGGCUACCUUGGAAACAAGGGAUCCAUAUCAAUCAGUAUGUCUCUGCAUCAGACAAGCUUCUGCUUUGUUUGCACUCACUUAACAUCAGGCCAAAAAGAUGGAGAUCAACUUAGACGAAAUGCGGAUGUAGUGGAAAUCUUGAGGAAGACCAGAUUCCCACAUGUUCAUGGAGCAGGUGACAAGAAGUCACCAGAGACAAUUCUGGAUCAUGAUCGUAUUAUUUGGCUUGGGGAUCUGAAUUACCGGAUAGCUCUUUCCUAUCGCUCAGUGAAGGCUUUAGUUGAGAUGCACAACUGGAAACAGUUGUUGGAAAAGGACCAGCUUCGCAUAGAGCAAAGAUUUGGCCGGGUCUUUGCAGGCUGGAAAGAAGGGAGGAUUUACUUUCCUCCCACUUACAAAUACUCAUACAACUCUGAUAGGUAUGCUGGUGAUGACAUGCAUCCAAAUGAGAAGCGAAGGACACCUGCAUGGUGUGACCGUAUUCUAUGGUAUGGACGAGGUCUAACCCAAUUAUGUUACGUGCGUGGCGAGUCUCGGUUCUCGGAUCACAGGCCUGUGUACAGCAUUUUCACAGCGGAGGUUCAGAUUCCGAGCCAGGCAGCUCAGUUUGGCGGCAUCACUCGUUCUGCCUCCCUCCUGGGGCUGGACGAGCUACCAUACCCGACUUAUCCACGCAGUUACAUGGACAUAAAUUUUUACUGAUUGUGCGUCUCGAUGAGGGAUGGAGGAUGGAGCCAAGCCAAGAGUGCAGACAGACAUUCCUCGUUACCUGAGUGGGCAGGGCACACCUUCUGAUGACUGACUGACUGAAGUUCAUUUCUCCCAAGGUUCCAUCAGUCGGAAUGUUUGCAGCUAACAGAUACUCGAGGAGAUGCUUUCUGAUUGUAAGAUUAGGAAUAUUUGCACAGUUUUGAAUCUAACCAUCUGCGAGUCCCGAUUCGCGGGGAAGAAAAAAUCUAAAAAGGAGUGUUUUUGUGUCAAGACAAGCUGAUCCCUAACAUUCUGAAGGUAAAUUGGUGUUGUGGUCCCGUUGGAGAAUACCCCCUUCGUGACACGAUUUCUUCCUUUUUUUUCCCGGCCGUUCGAGCUUGGAAGAAGGCCGGUCCUGGUUUCUUCUUCUUUUUGGUUUGGGUUUUGCUUUUGGUCUCCUGAUUGUAAUGUAACAAGAGCCGCGCCAUGGGCUCAAUCAAAAAUAUUUUCUUAGUCGAAAUGAAAUGAAAUGAAAUGAUGGCUUGUACAUACAGCAAACCGUUGUCGUCGCCUUUUCCACA